GUCGGUGGCGGCAAGUGACAAUAAAAUCAUGUCCGCGCUACACCCCGCCAUUAGGAUGGUUGCCCCUCCUGUACUUAUACUUUUCUAUUGCAGGGUCCCCUUUCAUUCACUGUUUCCUUCAUUGACCUCAUAGCUGCACUCCACACUCCUCCCCUUCAAGAUGGCGACUCCCGGCUUGCUUUACGUGACGAUGCACCCGCGUCCCUCGCUCCCCGCCGCACAGUUCCACGACUGGUACAACACGGAACACGGCCCAUUGCGCCUGCGUCUGCCCUUCGUCACCAACGGUUUCCGCUAUCGGGCGGUUGACGGCGAGGAGCCGGAGUGGGUUGCUUGGUAUGAUAUCACGGAAAUGGAGGAGUUGACCCGCGAGACCUACCUGGCUCUGCGCGGCGAUGGAAUCAAGACUCCGCGAGAGAAAGCGACUAUGGCGCAAAUUGCCGUCGAUCGCCGCCUCUACGACUUCCUGGGUGAACAAAAAGCCGCCGAUUACACUCCGCUCGAGGAUCAACCUGAUACUACUGUGGCCGGUUCUGUGCUUGUCGCCGUCUCCACUACUCUUGUCGAUGACGCCGCCAAAGAAGCCGACUACAACCGUUGGUAUACCGAAGAACACAUCCCCAUGCUCUCCCGAGUGCCUGGCUGGCGCUGCUCCCGUCGCUUCGUGACGGCUGCCAUCGACCCCAAUGCCCCUCGCGAAUAUUUGACUCUCCACGAGUAUAAGGCUACCAAUGGCUUGGGAGGUCCGGAACACAAGGCUGCUAUGGAUACCCCUUGGCGCACUCGGAUCGUGAACGAGACCAUCACCAGCCAGCGUCGUCGCGUCUUCGAGUGGGCCUACACCUUCGGACCUGCUCCCCGCGAGCUUUCCUCCCUUGCCUCUAAGGAUGUUGCUGGACCCUGGUCGUCCAACGACGGUCGCACCCGCACUUUCCCCUCGCCCACUCGCCCCGCUGUCGAGUCGUUCGUCACCACUCCGGACGGUGUCGACCUUCCCUACCGGUUGGAGGGCAGCACUGAUCCUCACAGCCCUGUCAUUGUGUUAAGUAACUCGAUUCUGGUUGAUUAUGCCAUCUGGGAUGACUUUGUCAACGCUUUCCUUGCCGAUCCCCGCAACCAGGGCUUCCGUAUCUUGCGCUACUCCACCCGUGGUCGUCUGCAGGCAUGCGGCGAGCAGCCGAUUAACAUCAACGUGCUCGCCUCCGACAUUAUUGCCCUGCUGGAUGCCCUGCGCAUUCCCCAGGCUACCCUCAUCGGUGUCAGCUUGGGAGGCGUCACAGUGCUCAACACCGCGCUCCGCUACCCUGCCCGCGUGACGCGCUUCAUUGCCUGCGAUACCAACAGCUCCAGCCCGGAGUCGAACCGCAAGGCGUGGAACGAUCGUGUGGCGAUGGCCGAGCGUGAGGGUGCUGUUUCUGCCACUACCCAGGAGAAGAUUGUCGGUGAGGAGCUUGCCGAAGUUACUGUUCGUCGGUGGUUCGUGCCGGAGUCGUAUGAGACCCAGCCUCACCUUCCCUCGCAGGUGAAGGAAUUGGUGCGCACCAACAGCCUCGAGGGCUUCCGCCAGAGCGUGCAGGCUCUCUGCGCAUACGAUGUCCGGGAACAGAUGGCGCAGGCGCAGGUUCCUGGUCUUUUCGUCGCUGGCGAGGGCGAUGGUGUGCUACCUAAGACCAUGCAGCAGAUGGCAGCUGACCUGAAGGGUGAUGCAGAGCUGAAGCUGAUUCCUAAGGCCGGACAUCUGCCCAUGGUUGAGAACGCUCCUGCUUUUACGCAAGUAGUUAACGAAUUCCUUCACCAGUAGAUUUACG